UUCGAAACCACGCGUUUAAGACUACAAAACCCAUAAUGCUUUGCGUCCAUACGUCGCCACAUGUCCUCGUGACCGAUCCCGGUACAAGAAAUAGAGGUGACCUCCUAAACAAGUGGCAGAGACGCAGCUUGCAGGACGAACUCUUACAAAAUGGCUGAUCCUAUCCGAGUUCUGGUGACCGGUGCGGCCGGGCAGAUCGCCUACUCCCUGUUGUACGGCAUCGCCAAGGGAGACGUGUUUGGAAAAGAUCAGCCUAUUAUCCUGGUGCUGCUGGACAUCACUCCCAUGCUGCCUGUGCUGGACGGUGUGGUCAUGGAGCUGCAGGAUUGCGCUCUUCCGCUUCUAAAGGAGGUCAUCCCCACAGAUAAAGAGGAAGUAGCCUUUAAGGACCUGGAUGCUGCCAUUCUGGUGGGCUCCAUGCCAAGGAAGGAGGGAAUGGAGAGGAAAGACCUGCUCAAGGCCAACGUGGCUAUCUUUAAAUCUCAGGGCACGGCGCUGGACAAGUACGCCAAGAAGACGGUUAAGGUUCUGGUGGUGGGAAACCCGGCCAACACCAACUGCCUGAUCGCAGCUAAAUCUGCUCCCUCUAUUCCUAAAGAGAACUUCUCCUGUCUGACUCGCCUGGAUCAUAACCGUGCCAGCUCUCAGGUGGCAAUGCGCUGUGGUGUUUCAGCCAACAGCGUGAAGAACGUGAUCAUCUGGGGGAACCACUCGUCCACCCAGUACCCCGACGUCCACCACUGCUUGGUCAACGUGGGGGGGAAAGAGGUGCCCGCGUUCGACGCCGUGAAGGACGACAGCUGGCUGAAAGGAGACUUCAUCUCUACGGUUCAGCAGCGUGGAGCAGCAGUCAUUAAGGCUCGCAAGCUCUCCAGCGCCAUGUCUGCUGCGAAGGCCAUCUGUGACCACAUGAGGAACAUCUGGACCGGCACCGCCGAGGGUGAGUUUGUCUCCAUGGGUGUGUAUUCUACCGGAAACCCUUACGGCGUCCCUGACGACCUCAUCUAUUCGUUCCCCAUCUCCAUCAAGGAUAAAUCCUGGAAGAUCGUUGAUGGUCUGGCUAUCAAUGACUUCUCCCAAGCCAAGAUGGACGCCACCGCCGCCGAGCUGGUGGAGGAGAGAGACACCGCCCUGUCCUUCCUGAGUGUCUGACUAAAUGACACGCCGAACACACGCCUCCACCCAGACGCACGUCUGUGAAACGCCCCAAAAAGCACUCCGUUUGCUUCUUCCCCCAUUUUCCAUUAACAAUUCAGUAGGUCACACACAAGCAUAACUCUGUGUGUGUGUGUGUUGUUACAAUAGGAACCUGUUGAGGAACCUGGUAGAUUCUAGACCUCAAGAAUUCAGAUUGUGUUACAGUUCGUCACCGUUUGGUGUCUUUUCACUUCUAUUAGACAAGUCGCACAAAUGAGACGAUCAGAGAGAGAAACCCUUACAGUCUAAUAGGUCAGAUAUACAGUCUAAGGUCAGUUCGCUCGCUCGCUCUCUCUGUCUCUCUCUGUACUUGUACGUUACUAUCAAGCCUUUAAACCUUUGAGUUGUUACAUCACCAGUUGGAUUAAACUCGUUCAGUUGAAUAAUCUUUGGAUGCAUAAUUACCCAUGAUGCACUUGUUGUCAAAUUAUACUGUACCAGACAGUUCGUCAAUCAAUAAAAGUGAACAUGUAAACUUUGA